CUCAAAACAAGUUUUGCACAAUAACGUUCAAAUCUAUUAUACCCCCAUCCAAAGGCUUGACAAAAACAGCGCAGAGAACAAUAAUAAAAUUCAUAUCAGUUUCGCUGUUCGAUUUGUUACGUUCUCUCGUCAAAAAUUGUAAAAAAAAACUUUUAAAAUAUUGUGCGAAAUGAAUUCUCAAUCGAAGUGGAAGGAAAUGAACGGUAGCUGCAAAGAAAGCAGCACGCCUGCGAAAUUGGACAACACGAUGCUCGAGAAUGAAGCUGUGUUUUGCAAGAAAUCUGCUGGUUCGAUCAAUGCAAGACACUCAUCAUCUCGUCAUUUUCAACCAAAUAUUUUGACAAAUCACAAUUCAAUUCAACCAUUGAGACAAUACUACAAACCGACCUAUCACCCACCAUCUAUGUCACAAAGCACUGUGGUGUCGUCACGAAUGCAAAACCGUGACGAUGUUGAAAAUUCAUUUUACCGAAACUCGUCCAUAUUUACAAGCAGUGACGGUGUAAUCCAUAUUUCGCUACGCCACGGAAUACAAAUUGAUGUAACUGUUGACAAUUCCUUUCGCUUGACGAGCAAUGCUGGUCAGAUCGUUAUAGCGCUUUCGAACACAGGCCAAGAAUCCGCAAUUAAGCAUACAAAUGGAAUGGUUUUGCAGAUUAAUAACACGGUGCAAAUCGUUACCACCGAUCUAAGUCAAAACCCUAAAAAUGCGAGAUAUGCGACGAUGAGUGGCAAUGACAUUACCUUUACGAACGGCGUAUUGGUUGAACUGGAAGCUUUUACAUUGGAUCCGAUUGGAACUAGACAAAGUGACAACCAUUUUACUAAGCUGACUCAUGACAGCACUUCCGCUGUGUUUUUCGGAAAAUCCAAGCAUGGACCUGGAUGCAAUGAAGAAGCAUUGCAUUUCAUUCGAAAAGCAUCUGUUAAAAAGUGCACUGACGAUGGAAUGGACGUGAUAACAAUUAACGAUUUCCGAAUCUGGCAAAUGAAAGACGGGCUUGUCACGGUGGCGCGAAUGAGUUUGCCAUUCAAAAUACGUGCAAGUCCAAUGAAUUCUUCAUUCACAUUAUCAACGUCGCACAUACAUUGUACAGCAUCUUCACAGCACUCAUCACAUCUUUUCGUAAGAUCCCAAGACCAGUCAAUGCACUAUGACGGCAAGAACUUUGUUGUUCGCUACAACGGAAAUUCAGCUGGUUUCGAUAAAAAUGAUUUUCUAUUUGUCUAUUGAGAAAAACAAUAAUGUUAACACGUUCCAAGUAUAUUGUAAUACGUAAAGUUCAUUACGAAUUGUCCCAAGAAAAAUGCGUUAAUUAUCCGUUAUAUAAUUAAUAACUUUCUGAUUAACCACAUUCUAUUUGAAAUAUUUAAAUUUGGACAUUUUGCAACGCAAAAAUGAUGCUAAUAAAAUUUUUGUUUUGUAUUUAACCCUU